GCUGAGCAGGGAGUGAAACUGGCUCCCUAUCUCCGCCAUUGUGGCUCCCAGUUCUGUGGCUCCGCUACCCGACGCCGGCUCUGAGUUUGAGCCGCGAUGGCGUCAGUUUCACACUGAAGUUCCUCGUCUUGUGUUUUCCCGCAGUCCUCCCCGGUAACUGGAUCCGCUUGCGGUUUCCGGAGGCAAGGUGUUGCUUUCACAAAGGGCUUUUUUUUUUGUUUUGUUUUGUUUUGUUUUUUUGGAGAACCUGAAAAGAACGACCCCAGGUGAGGGGAGGACCGGUUUCUGAAGCUCUCGCCCCAUUUCUGCAGGAGCCCCGAUGUGGAGAUGUCUCUGUCGGACGCAGAGGAAGGGCUGGUGAUGGACACUGUCCCCAGUGAGGAGGAAGAGGAGGAGGAGGAGGAGGAGGCAGGGAUGGAGUUUGUCCACAUCAAUGAAGAGGGGGUGCAAGUCCAGAUGUCUCUGUCGGACCCCAGAGAGGACCCGGAGACCCCAGAACCCCUUGCCGGCGAAGAGAAGACCCCGAAAGAGACGUCCGCCGAACUUGAACCCUUGGAUCCCCCCUCCCUGUGCAUAGCGGACCCCUCAGAGCUGGGGGGCAUCGUGAUCAAACAGGAGGUCGAUUCGGGAGAGAGCGAAGCAGAGGAGAGCGGGGAGACUGGGGGGCUGUGCCCGGUCACGGAGGACGGGCUCAGCGGCGGGCAGGACCUCUUCCGCUGCCCGGAAUGCGGGCAGACUUUCAGUCUCCACUCCCAGCUGGCUUCCCACAGGCGGCGCGGCCACCGCGCCCGGGAGAGACCGUACUACUGCGCGGUCUGUGCCAAGUGCUUCUACCAAGCGGGGGACCUGCGCAAGCACCAGCGCAUUCACACGGGCAAGAAGCCCCACGGCUGCCCCCAGUGCGGCAUGCGCUUCACCCAGUCAGGGGUCCUGAAGCGGCACCAGCGCACGCACACGGGGGAGAAGCCUCACGCCUGCCCCGUGUGCGGGAAGAGCUUCAGCAUGAAGCACAACCUGCAGACUCACCGGCGCAUCCACACAGGGGAGCGGCGCUACGGCUGCGAGCAGUGCGGGAGGAGCUUCACCCAGCUGCCCCACCUCCGGAGGCACGAGCAGGUCCACUCCGGGGUCAAGCCCUUUGAGUGCUCCGUCUGCAGCAAGCGCUUCACCAGGGCCUCCAAUCUGAGAUCGCAUCAGAAGCUGCACCCGUGACCCGAGCUUCGACGUGAUUGGACGGGUUACAGUCAGGGCUGGCUCCGAAAGACCGCCUUUUAACAACAACAGCAACAACAACAACAAUAAUAAUAAUAAUAAUAAUAAUAAGUUAUAAUCAAACUCGCUCCGACUGGUGACACUUCAAAAUAAUAAUAAAGCAGAAACUCCACACCUGACCCCCUGAGAGGUCACAGGGGGUCACUGAGAGGUCACAGGGGGUCACCGAGAGGUCAAUGAAGCCCGAGCUACAACCUGGCUCUCCCUUGAAGAUCACAUUCAACAACAACAACAAAUAAUAAUAAUAAUAAUAAUAAUAAUAAUAAUGACACAGAAACUCCAGACCUGAGAUGCCAGCGGUUCAUAGUAAUGUUUGACUCUCAACUCUCCAGCAGUGUUUGUUUUGAGUAGGACAAAAACAGCGUUACCUGUUUUUCAUAUUCCGUGAUGAAACGGUACUGAAUUAUCCAGAGGGGGUUCAGGAUUGCAUGUGCAGGAUGAUGGGUGGAUGUCAGUGAUGUCAUUUUUGA